UAUAUGUGUAGCUAGGAAUCUAACUACGUACAAAACUUUCAGCUCAUCUGCUCCACUGCUCAUCACUCACUCUUCUCAUUCCAAAUUUCUCAAACAACAAUAAAUUCAGCCACUUCACUUUAAACUCUUUCAUUCCAUCUAUAAUAAAUUCAGGUUCAUUAAUUCGUUCCUAAUACACAACGAAUUGUAUAUUUUAGUGGAGGGGUUGAUGGACACUACGUGGCUAGAAGACGAGCUUGUUCGCGAGCUGCUCGACGACGAUUCGCCCUUAUUUAUUCUGCCUUGCGAGGAGGAGAAUGAUAUGAGUACUGGUUCGAAUUCUUCGAAUUAUUAUUCGAGCUAUUCGUUUCUUGAUCAACUCGUUUCGGGUUCUGGGAUUCUUUCGGAGCAGACAGUGGAAAGCGAUUCGAGAUCUCUGACGAGUAAUAAUUACCCGAGCAGCUAUAUGCAAGAGCUUCUGUUAGCUACUUCCAGGAAUUCGUUGUUGGAAAGAGGAAUGUGUAAAUCUGAGAGCAAAUAUACAUUGCGAAUAAAGAGCAGUGGGAAUGUGAUUUCCGAUGAUGGAUACAAAUGGAGGAAAUACGGUCAAAAAUCCAUCAAGAAUAGCUCGAACCCGAGGAGCUACUAUAGAUGCACCAAUCCACACUGCAGUGCGAAAAAACAGGUUGAAAGAUCCACAGAUGACCCGGAUACAAUUAUCAUCACUUACGAAGGCCUCCACCUCCAUUUCACUUACCCAUUUCUCAAAUUGGGCCAAACCGACAGUACUGGCCCAGUAACAAAGAAGCCCAAACUAUCCAGCCCAAUUGAUGAAGCCCAUGUAGAUGACACACAACGAACUAAAGAAAAGGAACCUGGGUAUACAAGCGCUGGCCCAGAUGUAGUCACUGACCUGGCCCAAGAUGAAGUGGGCUUGGGCCCACAAGGCCUGCUUGAGGAUAUGGUACCUUUUGUUGUAAGGAACCCACAAAUAAACACUAGCUCUUCACAUUCUUCAUCCGUUUCUUCUUGUCCAUCUCCCCCUACCUCACCGCUUUCUUUUUCUUGGUCUCCUCCUCAUUAUUCGAAUUUGUAUUUUGACAUGGGAUUAUAGAUUGCAUAUAUUUACAUCCACAUGUAAAGUGUAAUAGCCAAUAAGAUCUUGUGUAAUUGUGAAACAUAAUUAUAUUACUACAAUUU